AUGACAAAUACUAUGAUGAUGAAUCCAUCACAUAACACAACUUCAACAGUAGUAGACUCAGGUUUUCACAGAUGGAAUUCCCCAGUCCCUUACCUAUUUGGUGGGCUAGCAAUUAUAAUGGGAGUAAUAGCGUUAGCUUUGUUAAUUAUAACUUGUUCAUACAAGAAACCUUCGUCAGAAUCAUCAUCAUCAUCGCCAUCAUCAUUGUCUGCGAACAAUAUUAAUGAGUCCAAUCAUCGUCAAGAGAAGCCGGUAGAGCUAAUGAAACUGGAGACGGAACCAAAGUUUGUUGUGAUCAUGCCCGGAGAUUACAACCCUACGUGGUUAGCCAAGCCUACGCGCCAUGAGCCUGACCAAGUCUAA